CCCGCAGUGGGCGGAGCCGCGCGCGCGGCGGCGGCGGGAACCGGCCCGGAGAUGCUUUCCCAGCUCUUCAUCCUCAGCUCCAAGGGGGACCCCCUGAUCCACAGGGACUUCCGCGGGGACCCCCCCCGCGCGCCGCGUGACGUCACGGAGCUGUUCCGGCGCGGGGUCGCGGCCGCGCGCGGGGAGCAGCCCCCGGUGUUCGUGACCCUCGGGGGGCUCCACUUUGCCCACGUCAGGCACGGGGGGCUCUUCUUCGGGGCCACCACCGAGGGCGACGCCUCCCCCUUCACCAUCAUCGAGUUCCUCAACAGGCUGGUGACGCUGCUCCGGGAUUUCUGUGGCCCCCUGAACGAGAAGAGCCUGGGAAUGAACCUGGGGCUGGUGGGGGAGCUGCUGGAGGAACUGGUGAAUGCCCGGAUUUUGCCCCGAUUCCAGGACUUCGGGCACAUCCAGACCACGAGCCCCGAGGUGCUGCGGAGCCUGGUGCAGUCGGAGCCCGAGGCCCCCAAACCCUUCAGCCUGCUGGAUCUGGGCUCUGUGGGGCUGUUCGGGGCGGAGACGCAGCAGAGCCGGGUGGUGCCGGGGGGCGCGGCCACCAGACCCCUCCCCCCGCCCCGGGGGGACCAGCCGCUCAAGUCCGAGGUGUUCGUGGACGUCCUCGAGCGCCUCUCGGUCGUCAUCGCCGCCAACGGCACCCCCCUGAAGGUCGACGUGCAGGGCGAGAUCCGCCUCAAAUCCUACCUGCCCCCCUGCACAGAGCUGCGGAUCGGCCUCACGGAGGAAUUUUGUGUGGGAAAAUCCGAGCUGAGGGGCUACGGCGCGCCGGUGCGGGCGGACGAGGUUUGGUUCCACAGCUCCGUGCGCCUCGACGAGUUCGGCAGCGGCCGCGUGCUCAGGGUCACCCCCAACCCCGGGGAGAUGACGCUGAUGCAGUACCAGGUGAUGGACGAGCUGCCGGCCCCGCUGCCCUUCCGCCUCUUCCCCUCCCUGGACACCGAGCCCACGGGCAGGAUCCGCCUUUACCUGAAGCUCCGCUGCGACCUCCCCCCAAAAAGCCACGCCGUCAACGUCCGCCUGCAGCUCCCGGUGCCCAAAGGCGUCUCCAGCCUCUCGCAGGAGCUGAGCAGCCCCGACCAGGCGGCCGAGCUGGAGCUGAGCUCGCGCAGCAUCCGCUGGGACAUCCCCAAAAUGCAGGGCGGCUCCCAGCUCUCCGCCCUCUUCAAGCUGGAGGUGCCGGUUCUGGGCCCGAGCUGGCGCCUGGAGCUGGGCCCUGCCCACGGCUCCUUCGAGCUCCCGGCCCAUUCGUGCUCGGGGCUGCGCGUGCGCUUCCUGCGGCUCUCGGGGCCGCCGGGGCAGCGCUGGGUGCGCUACCUGAGCCACAGCGACUCGUACGUGCUGCGCCUCUGAGAACCUUCCGGAACCCCGCGGGAGCCACCGAGGAACCGCAGAGAAAUCCAGAGAAAUUGCCACAGGAAUCCCACAAAAAUCCCUCAGGAAUCCCAGAGAAAUCCCAGAGAAAUUCCACAGAAAU